GUGAGCGUCUAGUCACGUAAGCUUGGUAAAAAUGGGUCAGUAGUUUGAAGAAAAAAAAUGCAGCGGAAAUACAUUUUUCGCAUUUCAGCCUAACACCAUUGUCUCUGACUUGCAAACCUCCUCGAGACUUAGUGGAAAGACGAUCACAACGAUGGCGGAGCUGACUGCACUUGUGCUUCUCGGCGCAUUGGGUGAGUUUAGGUACCUCCGUUUUGUAUUUUCCACUUUUUCCUGCAUAUUUACUCUUCUUCUGUCUUUUUCUUCAGUUCUGAGUCAAUCCUACGUUCCGAUAACACUGAGCCUAGUGGAAGUUGGCGUUAACGUCACUUUGGCAUGCCCGCGCCACGACGAUAGAGGUGACAUAUUUUACUGGUACAAGAUGAAAUUCGGCUCAAUGGUCCAAACCAUUGUGGAGGGGUAUUUCGGGGAAAUGUCCCUUCGAGGACCGUUCAAGGACGGAAGAUUUGUGAGCGCGCGUACGGGUGACAUGUACGUUUUAAACAUCACAAACGUACACAAAGACGAUGAAGCGAUGUACACCUGCCAAGCUGGGACCUCAUACAACAUGGUGUUCACCGGUGGCACGCAUCUGGUGGUGAAAGACCCCAGACGCAAGUCCUUCCAGGUGAGACAAAUUCCGCAAAGCAAGUCGGUCAAAGGAGGCGAGUCUGUGACCAUCCAGUGUUCCGUCCUCGCUGAGAGCAAAGAAAAUGUCCGCCAAUGUCCGAACCAAAGCAGCGUCUACUGGUUGAAGUCAGGAUCGGGAGAGUCUGAUCCACACAUCAUUUACUCCGACAGUGAUGAUGAACAAGACCCAAGAAGCUGCGUCUACCAUCUCUCUCUGACCGUACUCAACUCCUCUGACACCGGAACAUACUACUGUGCCGUAGCCACGUGUGGACAGAUCCUGUUCGGACAAGGAACUCAUGUGGACACACAACAAGACGUGAAAGCAGCUGCCGUUUUGCUGAGUGCUCUGCUGGCCUCCUUCGCUGUUGUGGUCACUGUUUUAGUUGCUUAACUUGUAUUUUAUUUUUACCAACAAUAGUAUUCUUUUUAAAAUGUCAUACC